AUGCCGCGCGGGAAAUUCUCCCGCCACGACACCGCGUGGGAUGUUUCCUGCCUCGCUGACGGUCUAUAUUAUCCCUCCUCCCCUACCAUUGUUGCAAAAACCCUAGAAAAUAGCACAAUGUGGGAUUCGUGGGACGAGGCGGUGCUAGAGGUGGCCGUAGAAGUCGUGGAGGCAGACCCGCAGCUCGCAGAGUACGAGGUGUGGGAGGAGGCGGCGCUAGCGGCGACCGUAGAUGCCUAUGUCGCGGACGAGCGACAGGGCCAGAAGGCGGAGCAGCGGGAGCGCGAGGAGGCGCGGCGGCUGCGGGAGGCGCGGCGGGAGGCAGAGCGGCAGCGCCAGGAGGCGGAGCGGUGGCAGCGGGAGGAGGAGAACCGGAUGGCGCUCGAGGAGGCGGAGCGGCUGGAGUUCCAGGAGGCGCGGCAGCGGCGGGAGGCGCUGAGCCAGCGCCGGUGGGAGGCGCGCCAACAUAAGGGGUGGGAGGAGCUUGCGUUGCGGCGGUUGCAGCGGGAGGAGACGCAGCGUCAGGAUGAAGUCUACGAGAGGCGGCGUUUGGCGGAGAUGCAACUCCAGCUAUAG